CCGCGGCGUGCCGCGCGUGCCGCGCCACAUCCUUCUGUUCGGCACGACGCUCGUAUCUUAUCUCGCCAAUUGGAGUGAGCGUCCCGCGUUCCCGGCCAGCCCCGCAGGACGGCAGGGCGGCCGGCGUAGUCGGUUUGGCGAGCUCCUGGACACCGUCUUCGAGCAAGACAACAGCAACAGCACGCCGGCGAAGGCACUGACCCCCACCACGACCGCCGGAAACGCUCGCACAAUGCGCGGCGCGGCGCUGCUGGUGGCGCUGGCGGGGCUGGCGACGUGCUCCGGGGUGGCCUCCGCCAACAUCCUCAAGACGGUCGACAAGCAGCAGGCACUGGACAGGGCCUUGCACCACGUGCUGCAGCAGCGGCGGCCGGCGAACGCGAGUUCCAAUGACAGCGUGGGGGCGGCGCCGGGGGCGGGGCGUGGCGCCAAGCUGGGGGAGGAGCUGUCGCGGGUGCAGUGGCUGCGCUAUACGCAGCCGCGGCUCAUCACCAGCGUGCCCGAGCACACCAACGAGGCCGUCACCGAGGCCGUCCUGACCCAGCCGCUGGCCCACGAGGACCAGGACAGCGCCACAUGGCAGCAGAGGUACUUCCGCUGCAGCGACAGCUACGAGGCGGGCGGCCCCGCCUUCGUCAUGCUGUCCGGCACGGCGGACUACCAAGUCACUGGUGGCGACUGGCUGCGAGAGGGGUUCAUGGCCACCCUGGCGCGCAAGUACAAGGCGGACCGCUUCUUCCUGCCGACGCGGUUCUUCAGUGCCAACAGCCACCCUACUGCAGACACCUCGGUGGACAGCCUGCGGCACCUGACGGUGGAGAACGUCCUCCUGGACGUGGCGUCGUUCCUGGACCAGCUCAGGGAGGCCGGGGUGCUGAAGCCUCAGCAGAAGGUGGUGCUUUUCGGCGCGGGCUUCGGCGGCGCCGUGGCCGCGUGGGCCCGGCAGCGCUUCCCCGACGUCAUCCACGGCGUGGUGGCGUCCAGCGCCACCCUGGAGCCGAGGCUCUCCGUCCCAUCGUACUUCCCCGUCGUGAGCAGAGCGGCCGACUGGUACCACAAGCGGUACCACUGCGCGGACUUGCUGCAGGAAGCGUUCGAGGCGCUUGAGCGCGGCUUGUCCACGGCUGAUGGCCGCAACGAAUUCAAUCGAGCGUUUGGGCCGUGCACCCCACUUCCGGAGACCACCGACGGCGUGGUGUCCGACUUGGACCGCGCGCACAUCCUGGGGCUGGUGGCGAGCGUGUUCGCCGACCUGGUGCAGGAGGACGUCGACGGCCCGCAAGAGCCCGACUACCCCCUCCCGGGCGGCGACCUGCUGCGGCCGUACUGCGUGACCAUGUUCAAUCCCUCGGACCCGCCGCUCAGGAUGCUGGGCCUGCUGGUCUCGUACACCCACCCCGGGGUGUGCCUGGACACGUCCUACUCGGGGCUGGUGAAGGCGCUGUCCCCGAGCGGCUGGAGCGACACUGCCAACCGAGGGGGUGCGCGACCCUGGCUGUGGCUGCAGUGCACGCAGCUCGGCCAGUUCCCGGACACCACCGGCUCUACGGACACCUUCCCGUACUCCACGAGGAUCACCCCGGACUUCUACAUCAAUCUCUGCAGAGACGUGUUCGAUAAAACCGUCACCAAGGACAACCUCAUCAAUAGCAUUUCCGACCUGAAUAAACAUUACGGUGGCCUCAAGCCGGACAUCUCCAACGCCAUCUUCGUGAAGGGGGACCUGGACCCGUGGAGGGGGCUCUCCCCGGACACCGCCACCGGCGCUGGCGUGCACGUCUUCUCCGUACUGAGAGCGUCCCACGCCCACGACCUGUUCCCGAGGGACGACUACGACCCGCCAUGGAUGAAGAAGACCCGCAAGGCCGUGGAGAGGCUCCUGGCCGGCUGGCUGGCAUAGCGAAUAAACCACAGCUGUCUGUUGUCUUUA